UUUAUUACCCUCUGGUUUAUAGCCCCAUAAUUGGGUCUCAAAUACAAAAAAAAAAGGCUUAUGCAAUACAGGUAGGGAUGUAUGUGCAAUAAAACCAAUUGUAGCAAAGGUGUGAGGGUGUGGGACUGUAUGUACAAAGAUGCCGGUGUAUGCGUUCAGUAGCGUCGCAGCUAGUAGCUCAGGUAUUCUUACAAUUCGUCAUUUGGGACACUCAUCACAUGGUCUAAAACAACAUCUAAAUUGGCAAGAGUUGAGAUCACCUGUCUGAGGGCAUCGGCCCUGAAAAUAGCACUCUGUCAUUUCAAUGAAUCAGAACUGGUCUGGAGGAGCAUUAGACAUGGGCAGCCAGGGUCAUUCAAUCCUGGUCGGAUCCAGGGAGAAGGGACGGAAGUAUGGGUCUGGCCCGUUGCAGAUGUGCCAAUCCGUCUUGCCCUGCCAUGCCAACUACCAGGGAGAACUGGGCGCAGGACAGCUGCUGAAGUGGAUGGACACUAUUGCCUGCCUUGCAGCUGAAAGACAUGCAGGAACAGCAUGCGUAACAGCUUCAAUGGACGAUAUUCGGUUUGAAGAGACAGUGAGGGUUGGGCAGGUUAUCAAUAUCAAAGCCCGAGUGAAUAGAGCUUUCAACACCAGUAUGGAGGUAGGGAUCUAUGUAAUGGUACAAGAAGUGCUCAGCGGCGUGAUGAAGAGAGUUUGUGCGGCUUUCUCCACUUUCGUCGUGAAACCAAGAGGAACACAGAAGGUCACUCUUAAGCCUGUGGAUGUUCACGGUUCUGUAGAGGAGAUGCUAGAACAUUCUCUAGCUUCAGAGAGACGGAGACUUCGUCUCUAUAAUGAGGAGGCCUUCAAAAAUCUUAUGAUGGACUAUUACAACCUUCAAGACAAGGGACUGUGGAACAGAAAAGCCAUUGUGCCCUUGAUAUCGACUGAGCUCACUCGGGUCGAGAGCAUCGAGUUGGUGUUACCACCACACGCCAAUCACCAUGGUAACACGUUCGGCGGACAGAUCAUGGCCUGGAUGGAGAAUGUAGCUACCUUGGCAGCCAGUCGUUUGUGCAGUCAAUUUCCUUCUCUAAGAGCAGUGGACAUGUUCCAAUUCCGAGGUCCCUCAAGUGUUGGUGACAGACUGGUGUUCAAAGCAAUGGUCAACAAUGCCUUUCAGACCAGUGUGGAGGUGGGUGUUCGGGUGGAGGCGUAUAACUGUGAAAAGUGGAGUGAGGGGACACCAAGACACAUCAACAGUGCUUUCAUGAUUUAUUAUAUACCAGUUGAGAGUGAAAGACAAACAUUUCCUGAUGUCACUUUCACAACUCAUGAUGGAGAGAGAAGAUUUCUUGGUGCUGUUGUCAGGAAGAGAAUUCGAAUGGCCAGAAAACACAUCUUGUACUCAAGAGACGAGGGAUCCAUUUCUGUGCCUUGGGGCCGAAAUAAUCAGGUGUAUUUGGGGUACAACAAUGUGGCCGCUCUUUUAGUCUUAGCUGGAAAACAGGGCUGGGAAGCCAACAACAUCACUGAUAAGGUAGAAGUCUAUGUGCACGAGGAGGCAGAUCUGUUGUGCUUGAGAGUUGAUAUGGAGGUCCGGACAUCAGCUUUUAAUGCUUUCUCGCUGCUCAACGAUCUGCGAUUACGGCCAUGUUGGGACAAACACUAUUUGAGCUGUGAGGAGGUCGAGAAAGGAGACGAGGAGGAAACUGUUUAUCAUGUUAAAUGUGGGACAAUCCAUGGAGGCAAACAUCGGGAUUUUGUGUUUCUGUUGUCAAAAAGGCAACCCUGCAAAGAUGGAGACCCAUAUGUGAUAGCGCUCCGCUCUGUCACCGUGGCAACAGUUCCACCUGACGAGAACUGCAUUCGGAGUGAAGCAAAAUGUGCAGGAUUCCUAAUUCAUGAAAUCAGCUAUCCAACCUGCAAGGUGUCUUACUACAAUCAGGUGACCUCUGGAGUCCUGCCCUAUGUGGAGGGAAAUUUAGCAGGCUGGUCCAAAUCCAUGGAAGAGACAGCAAUGUCCUGCAUCUCAUUUCUGGAGCAAGAUUUGCUUACUACAAUGUUCUGAUGCAGAAAAGACUGCAACAGUAGUGUUCCAGAAGCAAAACUCCCAUUCAUUUUCUCCACUGAGAAAUGAAUUUCCGGUGAUAACGUAGAAACCUUUCACUACAGGCCUACCAUGAGCUCUAGGGUCAUUAAGUGAUAGCAUUUGCUUCUGUAGAAGCGACAAGUGGUGUGAUUUUAAAGUUAAUAGCCAAAAUUUCGGUGAAAAACUACACUACCCAUAAUCCUGAAGAGAGAUCCACCAAUCAGAGAAGUCGCUUUUACCAUUUAAAAUUAAAACGCUCAAAACAACUCCGCAACCACCCACUCCCAUGGAGCACUGGAAAUGACAUAAUUGCUCCCUAAACUUUCAAACUACUUAUAUAUUUGUAUACAGUAUAUCUGAAUGUUUUUCCCAAUAAACCAAAAAUGUUUAGUUUUGGUUUUAGUUAGUUAUAAAUCAAUCACUAUUAGUCAGUAUAUAAUGUAUAUUGUACCGUCAUUUUUGACUUUACUAUGUCAUUUGCAAUGGUUCAUGGGACGAGUAGUUCAUUCACUUUUUCUGAUUUCCCUUAUCCCAGCUUAAUUUGCAGAGACAACUGCAAGUAAGCCAUUUUUUGGUUAAUUUUCUGUAAAACUGUAAACACUGUGUCUCUGUUUGUUUUGAUUGACCUGACCAUACCGACACAAUAACGUUGACUCAACCAAUGAUGUGAGUUGGGGGCGGGACCUGUUUAAACGUUUAUUUUUGCAAUUCCGUUCGGUGGCGCUAAUGGCGCAGAAAUUAUACUUCAGCUUUAAGUUCACUUUAAAGUCCUUCUUCCCCCCUGAUUUUUAAUAUACUAUCAAAUCAAA